CUCUGCUCGGCUCGGCCCUCUCCCUCCCAUCGCCAGACCCCCGCCCAUUUUCUUCUGAAAACCGAAGGCUCCGGCAUCCGCCUGAAAGGGGAAAAAAAAAAAACCCACACAAACACCAAAUCCCCUGCGGCGGCGGCGGCGGCGAUGGACCCGUCAUCGGCGGGCUCCGGCGGCAACUCCCUCCCGUCCGUUGGCGCCGACGGGCAGAAGCGGCGCGUGUGCUACUUCUACGACUCGGAUGUGGGCAACUACUACUACGGGCAGGGCCAUCCGAUGAAGCCGCACCGCAUCCGGAUGACGCACUCGCUGCUGGCGCGCUACGGCCUCCUCAACCAGAUGCAGGUGUACCGCCCCAACCCGGCCCGCGACCGCGACCUCUGCCGCUUCCACGCCGACGACUACAUCAACUUCCUGCGCUCCGUCACGCCCGAGACGCAGCAGGACCAGAUCCGCCUGCUCAAGCGCUUCAACGUCGGCGAGGACUGCCCCGUCUUCGACGGCCUCUACAGCUUCUGCCAGACCUACGCGGGCGCCUCCGUCGGCGGGGCCGUCAAGCUCAACCACGGCCACGACAUCGCAAUCAACUGGUCCGGCGGCCUGCACCACGCCAAAAAGUGCGAGGCGUCGGGCUUCUGCUACGUCAACGACAUCGUGCUCGCCAUACUCGAGCUGCUCAAGCAUCACGAGAGAGUUCUGUAUGUCGACAUCGAUAUCCACCAUGGGGAUGGAGUGGAGGAGGCUUUCUACACAACAGACAGGGUUAUGACAGUCUCGUUCCACAAGUUUGGGGAUUAUUUCCCAGGAACAGGGGAUAUCCGUGACAUUGGGCACUCAAAGGGGAAGUACUACUCCCUGAAUGUCCCUCUGGAUGAUGGGAUUGAUGAUGAAAGCUACCAGUCUCUUUUCAAGCCAAUCAUGGGCAAAGUUAUGGAGGUUUUCCGCCCUGGUGCAGUUGUGCUUCAGUGUGGUGCUGAUUCCUUGUCUGGGGAUAGGUUGGGUUGCUUCAACCUCUCAAUCAGAGGUCAUGCGGAAUGUGUUAGGUACAUGAGGUCUUUCAACGUUCCAUUGUUGCUCCUUGGCGGUGGUGGAUAUACCAUAAGAAAUGUUGCACGCUGUUGGUGUUAUGAGACGGGAGUUGCUCUUGGCCAAGAGCUUGAAGACAAGAUGCCUGUCAACGAGUACUAUGAAUACUUCGGUCCAGAUUACACUCUUCAUGUUGCACCAAGUAACAUGGAGAACAAAAAUACACGAAACCAACUGGAUGAUAUAAGAUCUAAACUUCUGGAUAAUCUUUCAAAACUUCGACAUGCUCCUAGCGUCCAGUUUCAAGAGAGAGUUCCUGACACCGAAGUACCUGAGCCAGAUGAAGAUCAAGAUGAUCCAGAUGAACGGCAUGAUCCUGACUCUGAUAUGGAAGUGGAUGAUCACAAGGCUGUGGAAGAGUCAGCGAGGAGGAGCAUUCCAGGUAUAAAAGUUAAGAGAGAAUUUGGUGAAAAUGAGACCAAAGUGCAGGAUGGUGGCAGAAUUGCAUCUGACCAUAGAGGAGUGGAACCCAUGGCAGAAGACAUUGGUUCUUCCAAGCAAGCUCCUCAGGCGGAUGCCAGUGCGAUGGCUGUUGAUGAGCCAAGCAAUGUUAAGAAUGAACCUGAGAGCUCAACUAAAUUGCAAGAUCAAGCAGCUGCAUACCACAAGCCAUAACUGCGACAUCUGGAGUUGCCGGGUUUCUGCUGGGCAGCAGCUUCCUGCGUGCUUUUGACAGUCCGAAGACCGAAGUGAAUCUGCAAUACAACCCCGCCAUUUCAAAUUUGACUUGAGCUAUACCAUACCUAUCUGUAUGUGUAAUAUGUUAAUGUGAUGGGAUUCCAUGGCGGGGUAGUGCAGUUUCCAUGAGUCCACCUGGGAUUGCUUGAGGUUGACGAGGUAAACGGUAGUCUGACCCAUGUAUACAUGAAGCGUAUGAGUUAAGUUGUACAGUCAUUAGUUAAUGCAAAUAUGCAGUAAACUUCUGGGUAAAAUCUUUGCGUGUGAUUAGUGGUUUCGUGUACUGAUUCUCAA